CUGUCUACGGAUUCUCCUCUUCAAAGCAAAACAAAACAUUUGAUUAGUCUUAAAAAAGAUAUGAAGAACGAAUCCACCAUCAUUGAUGUCCCUGCGGAAUCCAGCUCAGCCAUGAAAGGAUCAGCUCCUUUAAUUGGUAUGGCUAAAGACCACACUACUAGUGACUCAGGUGGAUACAAGAGAGGUCUCUCAAUCUUCGACUUCUUCCUCCGUUUAGCUGCCAUUAUUGCAUCAUCAGUCGCUGCUGGAACGAUGUUUACAAGCGACGAGACACUUCCCUUCUUUACACAGUUCUUACAGUUCCAAGCUGGUUACGACGAUCUACCAACUUUCCAGUUCUUUGUGAUUGCCAUGUCCAUGAUCUCAGGAUAUCUUGUCCUAACUCUUCCUUUCUCCGUCGUCACCAUCGUUCGCCCUCUCGCUGUAGCCCCAAGACUCCUCUUGCUCGUUCUAGACACUGCGGCGAUGGCGUUUAACAUGGCGGCUGCAUCAUCGGCGGCUGCGAUAGCGUAUCUAGCACACAAUGGAAACCAGAACACUAACUGGCUCCCCAUUUGCCAACAAUUUGAAAACUUCUGUCAGAAAACUAGCGGAGCUGUGGUCUCCUCUUUUGUCUCCGUUGUCUUCUUCAUCAUCCUUGUCGUCAUCUCAGGUGUCGCUCUCAAAAGACACUAGUCAAAAACUCUUACAAACAUGUGUUCAUUAUUGUAGAACAAUUAUUGUUCUGUUCUGAUCUGCCUUGUGUAUAUGUUGUAUUUAUCUCUUUUGUAAAAGAAAAAUGUAAGUGUGAUUAUAGCUCUGCUUUUGUGACAGGAAAAAACGAAAUGAUCUUCUCAUAUUUCCAUAUUUUUGUGAAAUGAAAGUGUGAUUGUAGCUCUG